UCCAGGUUUCAUUGGUUAGACGGAAAUCAGGAGUUCUGGAUGAAACAGAAGUUUUAAACCAAACUCUAACGAAGAUUAUUCAUAAGCGUUUCCACAUCUCUGGGGAAGUUAUUCUUGAAAAUUGAUCCGCGCCAUGGAUAUUUCGUAUUCUAGUUGCUUUCGGUUGCUGUUAAGCCUUAUCAUGACUGCUUUUGUCACACCAAAAGAAGCAGUCAGCUUGGAGCCCGUGGUUAAUCAAGAAACCUCACUAAAGCUGUUCAGGCAGAGUUUGCUUUCGUUAGACAACUUUCACUAUCUCCAUGCACCUAAACUAGAAGAAAUAAUUACCUACGACGACUUUGAAUGUAUAUUUAAUUGCCUUUACCAUCCUCUGUGUGUUUCCGUAAACCUGGCUUCUGAAGGUGAACUGUGGUGCGAGUUACUGUCAUCACAUAAGUACAACGAUACUAACGAGUACAAGGAACACAAGUAUUCGCAUCAUAUUCACUUUGAGAAUGCUUGCGUGAAAGAUCCAUGCAAGAACAACUCCACUUGUCAAAGCGAUGUCACCAAGAAACGUUAUCGUUGCCUGUGUUCCUCUGGGUUUAGGGGCGAGACUUGUGAAGAAGAUAUUGAUGAGUGCGCUGAGGGAAUACACAGCUGCAGUGUUAAUGCUGUGUGUAGCAAUACCAAGGGAUCCUACAAUUGUACAGGUAAACUUGGAUACUAUGGAGAUGGAUUGAUGUGCGAAGAUGCGUACCACUCGUGUACAGAAAUCUACAAAAGUCAAAGGUACAUUAAUGUUGAUAAUAUUAAUUCUAUUAAGCUUGGGGCUAGGCCAACCUUCCACUUUGAUUCGCAACUGUGGAGUAACAUGAGUGACUUUAAUCCUCAAUUGGGGGAGACGGGGCUUGACUUUCAAGAGACCAAGCUACCGACCUAUUGGAACACAUCCUUCUCCAAGAUCUGUCUGGGGAUGAAGAUUGGUAAUCUGUCCAGGUUCAUUCUCGUCAAAAAGCAAGCCAGCUCUUUGUACUCACUGAUCGCUGACGGACAAUACCGUGACACGAGACUGGGUCGUAAUACAUGGAAGUUGCUGAUUGGCUCCGAGGCAUCCUUGCAAUCGAACUGUGACAAGGAAGGGUUCAAUCCCACUUCGAGGAACGAAGGAAAUGCCAAAGCUAGAAUCGGUAUCAUUGCCAACGACAACAAAAAUUGCCGCUAUUGUGAUUCCAGAAUUGGCUUUGGCACAGGUGGGUACGGAGACGACUCCAACACGUGUGGGAACGAAGCAAGGCACAAUUCAGAUAAUGGAGACAAACACAUCAAAGCCAUGGGGUACAUCUUGGUUCAGUGA